AGGCCACGCAACUGAACAGCACUUUUGGCUGAACCCUACCUUACGCCAAAACUCUCGAGCUGCACCCGAACACGACCGCUGCGUAGAAGGCACCGCCAUGGCUCCUCUCUUCCCUAGUAACCCGGCCGAUGUGAUGGUCAUUCGGAAUGUUACUUCCAAUGUGAUAACUAUGAGCCUGCCGUUUGCGCGUUUCGGUCGCUUCAAGUUCGGAGGACGCGGUACAUUGGUCAAGAUGGCUUCCGGUUCUGUGGCCGUUUUCUCUCCAGUCAACCUGACCCAGGAGGUCCGCGAGACAGUCAACAGCCUUGGAGGCAAUGUCAAGUACAUCGCGGCUUUAGACCUCGAGCAUCACCUCCACCUGACCGCAUGGAAAGAGGCAUAUCCCAACGCUGAAAUUAUUGCUCCCGAGGGGCUUUGGGAGAAGCGUCAAUCCAACAACAAGACCAGAGAUACCACAACCUUUCAUCAUGUCUUCCGCAAGGAUCUUAGCGGAAAACAGAAGAUCUCGGAUGAGUUUGAUGCAGAAUUCGAAACCGAAUAUAUUCAUGCUCAUCAGUCGCGAGAACUGGUGUUCUUUCACAAGCCUUCGCGCACCCUCAUUGAGGCAGAUUUGCUCUUUAAUCUCCCCGCACGCGAGCAAUACUCGAAGACCGGCGAGAGUGCGACUUCUGGUGUCCUAACCAAGAUGAUCAGUCCGCUUUUGUCGGCAAAUGCGCCUGCCACCUGGCAGAAGAGGUUUGCAUGGUACGUGCUGUCAAGUUCGGAUCGUAAGGGCUUUCAGGAAUCAAUCCAGAGGAUUGAUAAAUGGGACUUUAAUCGAUUGAUUCCAUGCCAUGGCGAUGUGAUUGAAAGUGGUGCCAAAGGUGUCUUUCGCACGGUCAUGGAGUGGUUCUUGGAGGACCGGAAGCGUUCUUGAUAGGGAAAAUGAGGGGAAGGGGAGAUAUUGGCCACUUUUCCAAUCUUGAAUAUGGUCGCUUUGCUUGCUUAUGUCCUUCACGUGUUGUCUUGGUUGCAAAGGAUAUCCAAUAAGGUUAAUUUUGAGUCUCUGUGAUGGAAUGCAAUGCGUUCUGUUGAUCCUUGUUAUUGUUGGCGGAUGUGUGUAUUCGAAUCCAUAUUCACUCAGUCUUUUCUUCAAUCUAACCAGUCAUUGUACGGAGUACCGUACAAUAGAUUAAUGCCCGACAAGUCUUUCUGAGUCAGUGAUCGGCGACUGAAUUGUCCUUGAGUUAAGCCAUCGGGCUGUACGGAGUACUGUGUUGGUCCCAGAGC